CGCGAUUUAUUUAGCGUUUUAGAUUUUAAUUUUGAUUUUUCAGAUUACAUUUUCUUAUGGAAUGGCCGAAUGGAUUAUCCUGUUCCUUCGGUUGGUGGUGUAACUGGUGUUAUCGUUGUCAGCUUGAAUCGUGCCUAAUGGUGAUUGCAUAAUGCUGCAGUGCGACUGCAGAUCACUGCACGUGCACGAAGUACGUGAGUAUCUGUAAUUGUGUUUUCUAUUCUUACUGUUACUGGAUGGUGAUAGUCGCUGUUUUCCAUUGUGGUUAUUUUGGUUUAUCAUCGCUGUAAGGAUCCAGCGGGAGACUGGCAGGAAUGACGGUGGAGCUGAAGAUCCUCGAUCUGAACUUUUGGGGCGUCUGGCUGAUCAGCAAGCACAUCCAGCAGCGUCUGGCCGCGCUCAUCCAGGUGCUGGAGGAGCCGACAGCGCCCUGGGACCUGGUGGUGCUGCAGGAGGUGUGGAGCGAUCGCGACUACAACCAGCUGGCCAGCCGUAUCCAGCACAACUACCCCCAUACCUACUAUUUCCACAGCGGCGUGAUCGGCAGCGGCGUCUGCGUGUUUUCCCGAGGACCCAUUGUCUCCGUCCUGUGCCACCGCUACUCCCUCAACGGCUACGCGCACAAAGUCUGGCACGGCGACUGGUUCGGCGGGAAGGUGGCCGGACUGUGUAAGAUCGUUCACAAGGGCCUCCGCAUCAACCUCUACGCCACGCAUGUGCACGCGGAGUACGACCGCGAGGCGGACACGUACCUGGCGCACCGCAUCGUGCAGGCCUACGAGCUGAGCCAGUUCAUCCGCUGCACCAACGCCGCCGACGACGACAUCAACAUCGUCGCCGGUGACUUCAACUUCGAGCCCACCGACCUCGGCUACCAGAUCGUCACGCAGUUCGCCGAAUUGAAGGACUCCUGCACCUUCGCGCUGCCGGCGGGUGAUGCGGCGGAGGUGAACACGUGCAACACACCGGACAACGUCUAUUCCAUCUGCGAGGGGAAGCACGACAAGGUGCCGCGCGGGAAGCGCAUCGAUUUCGUCAUGUUCGGCCAGGUGGGAGGGCGGACGAAGGUGCAGUGCAGCGAGAGCCGCACCGUGCUCAACCGCAUCCCCGACUCGCCGCUCUGCUACUCGGACCACAAGGGCCUGCAGGUCACGCUGCAAGUGGCCACCGAGGCCGACACAGAAUUCUUGGCGGAACCCAUGACCCCUGAGCCGAAAACCGUGGGCGAGACGUACGCGGCGGCCGUGGGGAUCCUGGAGGGCGCCCUGCAGAAGGUGCGCUGGGACCGGCGCUUCUUCUACGCCCUCAUGUCGGCGGCCUUCGUGGGCCUGUUGAGCACGGUGGACAGCGAUUCGCAGGCGUCGGCGGCGCCGCGCUGGGCCAUGCUGGCCGUCCGCGUGCUCCUCGUCGUGCUGAUGGUCGGCGCGCUGUGGAUGGCCGCCAUCCUCAGCCGCAUCGAGUACCACUCGCUACUGGCCACGCGCAACGCCAUGCGCAUCCAGCAGGAGCACCUCUACAGCGCCAAUCCCUUGUUGCGGGUUGUUUCCGAUAAGAAAUAAUUUUUAAACCGUCCCGUGUCCUGGUAAGGGGUGUGGCUUGUGAGAAAUACUGAAUCGGCAGCAUUUAUUCGAAUAAAAUUAGAUGACACUUUUUUUUGCGUAGACGAUGAUUUUUUUUACAAUUGGAUGGAAAUUGCACAACUGGAAAAGGGAUGAUUUAUUUAUUAAAGUGUAUUUCUUUUC